CUCCACAGAGCGCGGCACAUCCGAGCUCUACACGGGUCCUGGAGAGCUGCAACACCAAGGCAGGACUGAGGAACCGCUGCCACACCACGCACAAGGUUUCUGCAGAGGACAGAGGAGAUGCACAGAGCCCCAUGUGCUUCAGAGACGCACUGGCGGGUGUCCCAGGUACCACUGCUGCACCACACGCUGCAACUUGCUGCUGGUGGCCCACUGUCAUCUGGAUGACACUGAGCCGCAGCCAGCCGGCUGCCCAGGCAUGCGAGGAGGGCUGCCACAGUGGGCUGCCAGGCCGUGGGGGCUGCUGUGUGUGUGCCUGCUCUGCAAGCAGCAGCCUCUUGCACACCUUCUGCAAGAGGCAGCGCACGUGCCAUGGGCAUUAGAGGCAGCAGACUCCCAGUACUUGCCCCAAGACCUCAGCAACCACCAGAGAUGCCGUGCAGUUGCAACACGUGCUCGGCAAACUCUGUGAGCGUGCCCAGGCUUCUCGUGCCCCAAGCAGCAGACGACGGUGCCAGUGCUGCCAACACUGCUCAGGGAAAACUGGGCGUACGCUCCGCGACAUCGAGGGCUGAGGGUCAGGUUCCUGCCUCUGGUGGUUCCGGAACCAGGGAUGUUGGAGUGCAGACGGAGCUGCAAGUGUUGGAAGAGACUGCUGAGAGGGAAUCCACAGGAUGGUCAUCCGGGCAACUGUGGAGCGCAUCUCUUGCCUCAUCUGAUGAGGCAGACACCCUGUGUUCAGCUUCUCUUCUGGCUGCAGACCCUGGGCCUGGAGGACACCUUCAGCCUUUGCCCGUAACAGGUCCUGAAGAUGGGGAAAGCUCAACUUCUUCCAAGGCUGAAUACUUUCCAGAGGAGACCAAUGCGGCGCCACGUUUCUGGAGACCACGGGAGGGAGAAGAAACAGCUACCACCACGCCUGAAUUCUCCAACCAAUCUCUGGGAGAAGCACAGAGAUUGCAAGAUCCCGGAGAGGCGUACGGGGAGGUGUAUGGAUAUCCUCCAGUUCACCCAGCAAUCCGGAGAAUCCGGGAUGAGGCGAGGAAGGACCAGAUGCGGUCCAGCUGGAACACAUCCUGGCCAAACAGCAUGAGUGUGCCCCAGCUGCUAAGGCCCCAAGCAGCAGAAGACGGUGCCAAUGCAGCUGACAGUGCUCUGGGCACACUGAGAGCCUGCAGUGUGACAUCGAGGGCUGAGGGCCAGUUUUCUGCUUCUGAUGAUUCCCCAGCCAGGGAUGUCACAGCCCAGGACUCGCAGCUAGAGCUGGAAGAGACUGCUGGGAUAGAAAUGGCAGGACAGUCAUCUGGCACCCUGCAGGCUGCAUCUCUUUCCCCAUCUGAUGAGGCACACGCUGUGUGUUCACCGUCUCUUCUGGAUGCUGGUCCCGGGCCUGCAGGACACCUUGAGCCUCUGCCCGCAUCAGUGCUGGAAGAUGCAGAAAGCUCAGAUUCUCCUGAGGCUGCAAGCUCUGCAGAGGAGGCUGAUGGAGCAUCACUCCCCUUGUCAGUGUCUGAGGGAGGAGCAAGAGGAGAGCCGGCUGUGGCCAUGCCUGAGUCCUCCGGACAAGGUCUGGGAGAAGCACGGAGACUCCAAGAUCCCAGAGAGAUCAACAGGGAGACCUAUGGGUACUCUCCUAUGAUCCCAGCACUGCGGAGAAUUCGUGAGGAGGACAGAAACGAGCGGACGUUGUCACACUGGAAUAUUUCCUGGCCAAGGAACGUGAGAAGCCCCAGGCAGCAAAGGCUCCAGGCAAGAGGCGAUGCUUUCAGUACUGCUGGCACUGCUCAGGGCAUGCCGGGCAUCCGGCCCACGACAUCACGGGCUGCUGUCCGGUUUCCUGACUCUGGUGACUCCCGAGUGUGGUCUCCUAGACUGUCAGUUGUGCAGGAGGAGUCCAGCGAUGACAGCGACAGUGCUGUCAGCACUGCUGAGGGCAUGCAGGAUGCCAGAGACACUGCAGUGACAGAUAAGGGCACGCACCCGCCCUCCUGUCUUUGCCCUUCAACGCUGGAGGCUGUGGAGGAUGACUGGGAGUGUGACUCUGAGGAAGAUGCUGCAUCAGAGGCAGUCAGCGUCACACCCAGCACAUCUGACGAUUCAUCUGCUGAGGUGGAGUCCACGUCUUCAGCGUCAUCUGUGGCUGCAGACCCCAGGCCUGAGGAGCAUGUGUCAGCGUGUGAGGGAGCAGAUGUGGGCCCUCAGCACGAGGUGAGCAAGGCACACGUGGCUGGUACCACGCGUGAAAUCGAGGCAGAGGCAGGAGCAGUGCCUGGAGUGUUUCUGCAGAGACUGGAGAAGGUGCACAGAGCUCCGUGUGCUUCAGAGACGCACCGGAGGAAGGCCCAGACCCUGGGCCUGGAGGACACCUUCAGCCUUUGCCCGUAA